AAUACAAAAUGUGUCACUACCAUUGCUUAUCAUAUGUUUGUGUCGAAUAUAAAAGCUCAGUUUGCUCACGAGAUCGUCAUCAGUUUACUAUCAAACUUAAAACAAACUAAAGCUUAAACACAACACACAAUCACAAAAUUAAAAACCAUCAUCAUGAACUUCAAAAAAUUGCUUGUCUUUGUUGCCUUGGUAUUGGCUGUCUUUGUUGGCCAUAGUGAAGCGGGAUGGCUGAAAAAGAUUGGCAAGAAAAUUGAACGUGUCGGACAACAUACCCGCGAUGCCACUAUUCAAGCCAUUGGCGUUGCCCAGCAAGCGGCAAAUGUGGCUGCAACUUUGAAAGGAAAAUAAGGAAAAUAUAAAAGUGUUAAAAUAGAGAAUUGAUUUUAUUUUUAUUUAUUAUUUUUAAGUUAUUUAUUAAAAUAAAAAUUUAAAACUAAAUAUAAAA